AUGGCGAACCCCCGUGUCGAAGAGCUGCCGGACGACGAGCCCACCAAGAAGGUCGAAGAUGCGUCCGACUCCUCAGACUCCGACAACGAAGAGGGUGGUGAUGCCAAUAUUCCCGCGGGGUCUGCUGUCGCUGUCCACAGUCGCAAUGAGAAGAAGGCCCGCAAGUCCAUUGCCAAGCUUGGUCUCAAGCACGUCCCCGGCAUCACUAGAGUAACAUUGAGGAGACCCAAGGGUAUUCUGUUUGUGAUCUCCAACCCUGAUGUCUACCGGUCGCCAAACAGCAAUACUUGGAUUAUUUUCGGUGAGGCUAAGAUCGAGGACCUGAACUCCCAACACCAGGCUGCUGCUGCUCAACAGCUUGCCGCUGCUGGUCAGGCCGAAGAUCACUCCGGUCACGAUCACUCCCACGAAGAGAGCAAGGGCAAGGGCAAGGAGCCGGAGAAGAAGGUCGAAGAGGAAGACGACGAUGACGAGGAAGUCGACGAUAGUGGUCUUGAGGCUAAGGACAUCGAGCUCGUCAUGACACAAGCCAGCGUCAGUCGGAAGAAGGCCGUCAAAGCUCUGAAAGAAAACGGGAACGACAUUGUCAAUUCCAUCAUGGCAUUAAGCGUCUGA